AUGGCCACGAUACCGAAUGGUGACCUCAACAACACCUCAGCCGAAAGGGUUCGAGCUGAAAUCGCCAUUGAUUCUGCGUACCAGCAUCUCUCACUUGCGAUACCCCCCUCCGACGACGAUGCCGAAAUCCGAAAAUUAUACCGACCUUUCAUACUCGAGGGGGGCGAUGCAGAACAAGACUGGGUUUCUCAGUUGGAGCUGAGUACUGUGUUGAGAAUGGUAGACACACAAGUGCUCCAACGGGGUGAUGAUAGGCUCAGGGUGGUAGUUAUGUAUGGGAGCAUGCGGCAGAGAUCCUACUCCCGCCUGCUAGCAUACGAAGCCAGCAGAAUACUUUUCCGACUUGGCUGCGAUGUGCGCAUAUAUGAUCCUACUGGUCUUCCCGUCAAAGAUGACGUGCAACAUACACAUCCCAAAGUGCAAGAGCUACGCGACUUGAGUAAGUGGAGCGAUGGACAUGUAUGGAUAUGUCCCGAGCAGCAUGGAACCUUAACGGCCGUCUUCAAGAACCAGAUCGAUUGGAUACCCCUCUCGACCGGAUCUGUGCGCCCAACUCAGGGCCGAACUCUCGCCAUAGCACAGGUGAAUGGCGGAUCGCAGUCCUUCAACACGGUUAAUUCGUUACGCAUACUCGGUCGAUGGAUGCCACGCCCACCUCCAGAUGGUGGAUAUGGCUGGGUGUGUGUGGCAACAUGUUUCACCAUCAAUUGUUUUACCUGGGGUACUGUCUCCGCUUAUGGCAUUUACCUAUCGCACUACCUAGUGGACAAUGUUUUCCCUGAAGCAUCUUCCUGGGACUAUGCAUUUAUUGGAGGCUUCAACUUUGCCAUCGCUAUGCUCCUUGCACCUUUCGUCACUGUCUUCUGUCGCAAAUUCGGUAUUCAUGUUAUCAUGUGCUGUGGUCUUAUCUUCCAGCUUGGUGGCUUCAUUGCCGCCUCGUUCGCAACUCGUAUAUGGCAGCUGCACAUUUCGCAGGGCGUCUUGAUUGGCUCUGGAAUCGGUUUCUUAUAUAUACCCUGCCUCCCAGUCCUUUCCCAGUGGUUCGAUCGAAGACGAAGUUUAGCCAAUGGUAUCAGUGCGGCAGGGUCUGGUGUUGGCGGUGCGGCGUUUGCAUGGGGUACUGAAGCUAUGAUCCAGCGCAUGAGUAUCAGCUGGGCCUUGCGCAUUACCGGCAUCGUCGCCUUCAUCGCCAAUGCUACUGCGAUAGCAUUUAUACGUGAUAGGAAUAAGGCCAUUCGACCAUCUCAGCUUGGAUUUGAUACCAAACUUCUCCGGCGUUACGAAGUACUACUGCUCCUCGCUUGGAUCUUCAUCAGUAUGCUGGGAUACGUUGUCUUGCUCUUCUCAUUGUCUGACUUCGCGCUAUCGAUCGGGCUCUCUAGAUCACAAGCCACCGAUAUGAUAGGAUUUCUGAACGUCGGUACUGCUGUUGGGCGACCAUUAAUCGGCGUCUUGAGCGAUCAAUGGAGCAGAGUCGACACCGCAGGUGCUCUGACUUUGCUGUGUGGUAUCUGUUGCUUCGCGUUCUGGUUACCUGCGGCAUCAUACCCACUGACCGUAUUCUUUGUUAUAAUUUGCGGCGCUAUUGUUGGAGUGUUUUGGAUGACAAUCGGUCCACUUUGCGUCGAGGUGGCAGGCAUCAAGAACUUGCAGUCGCUGUUGUCUCUGUCGUGGAUGGCAGUGAUAAUUCCAGUAACAGUUUCUGAAGGGAUCGCUCUCAAGUUGAGGCGUCCAGCAUCCUCACGAGAGUAUCUCUACACCCAGAUCUUUGCAGGUCUCUCGUAUGUUGUAGCUAGCGGCUUCAUGUUCCAGCUUCAUAGAGUGAAACGACGCCAAACAUCUCCUACUCAAUAG